CCGGCCCCGCCCUGUCCUCCUGCAGAUGUGGCGGCUGGAGUUGCACAUGUCCCCGGGAAGCGGAUAAGAGGGAGAUGCUGGCCGGGCUGCUGGUGGCGGGGCUGUGGCUGCUACACACGGCGGGGGCCAAGACCGUGCAUGGCAGCUUCGACAGCGCCCUGGCCUGGCACGGCCGGGGACAGCACAUCUUCACCUUCUUGUUCCAUGGGGAGCAAGCUGUGUUGCGCGUUCGCAUUAGCAAUGUUGCAGCUGCAGUUGGAAAGGAUGCAGCCUUGUACUUGUAUCAAGAUGAAGAAUGGGUGAGGAUGCAUGGGAGUAUGGAGGAAUACAGCUGUCCGGAAAGAUUGGCUUUGGCACAAGUAACAAUUCCCUUGAACCAAACUGAAUAUAACUACACUCUGCCACAGAUCGUCUCUCCGGUUGCCUGGUAUGCCAUAUAUGUGGACAAAUACACCUGUCUGAUGAGCUAUGAGGAUCCCACUUCUGAUGAGAUCACUUUUCAAGUCACUCUACUCAACCCUGAUGCUGCAGGCAAUCCUUUUGACCAUUUUGGAGCAGAUGAGUCGGGACUGCAUGAAUUCUUUUUCCUCCUGGUCCUUGUGUAUUUUGUGGUUGCCUGUAUAUACAUCCAGGCACUGUGGCAGACCAUUAAAAAGGGUGGUCCUAUGCACACUGUGCUAAAGGUUCUGUCGAAUGCUCUGGUGCUGCAGGUCAUUUCUGCAUUGGCCAACUAUCUGCAUUUCUCAUGGUACGCUAAAGACGGUAAAGGAGCGCCAUUCAUCGGAAGUUUGGCAGAAUUAUGUGAUAUGGCCUCAGAAGUACAGAUGCUAUACUUGCUGCUAAGCCUGUGUAUGGGCUGGACUCUCAGUAGAAUGAAGAAAUCCCAGAGUAGACCCCUUCAGUGGGAUUCUACCCCCACAUCCACUGGCAUUGCUGUGGUUGCAGUUGUUGUUCAGGUUAUUCUGUUAAUAUGGGAGCAGUUUCAAGACACCAACCACCACAGUUACCAUGCUCAACAGAGUCUAGCGGGUUUACUCCUCAUUGCCAUGAAAGUUUGCCUGGCUGUAUCGCUGGCCUUUGGUUUGUACCACAUUAUCACUAUGGAGAGAAGCACCAUGAAGCGACAGUUCUACAUCACAUUUGCUAAAGGCUGUUUAUUGUGGUUCUUAUGCCACCCAUGUUUUGCAGCCAUCUCAUACUUGUUUAAAGAAUAUCAAAGAGAAAAGGUUAUAACUGUUGGCGUGAUCCUGUCUCAAUCAAUCUCAAUGAUCACCCUUUAUAGACUUUUCUUGUCGCACAGCCUUUACUGGGAAGUGUCGUCUCUUUCAUCAGUAUCCCUUCCUCUUACUGUAUCAUCUGGACACAAAAGUCGCUAUUACCCAUGAUACAAUCAAGGAACUGUGUUUAGUUAAGUAGACCUCACAUUGCUUGACAAUAAAUCCCUGAUGAGCUCCAGGGCUGGGACAGCUAAAGAUAUGACCCCUCCACUUCUAUAUGCUUGGUGACCAGAUUUGUUGCUACCUUAUAAAGGAUCAAUGCUCCCCCCCCCCCCCAUGUCUUGUUACUCUAGUUGUUGCAUAUUUUCUAAAAAUGGCUGUACGUACUCUGUGCUUUCAUCCUAUAUGAAAAGAUCCAAAAUCUGACUGUUCUCUAAAAAACAUCCAAUGCCAGUUGGAGCGAUUGUGGGUUCCUCUUGUUGGGGUUUGCGUUGUGAAAAACCCAUACAAGAAAUUGGCUGUAAACCUUUGCUAACAUGAAGAGUAGAAAUUUUCUAGCAUGCUUGGGUCCCGAAGUGACACUUCUAGAGGUCAGUUUAUAAACCUUAUCACACAAGAUUUGUGUAUCUGUCACCCAGGGUUUACUCAUUUACCAGUUAAAUCCCAUUAUAAAAAUGUGUGAAUCCCAGGGAAAGUUUUGUGAAAACAUUUAUCCAUAGACCCCCAAGUAUGUAUUUCAUUGGCUGGAAGAAACUGCUGGCCUAUGGUCUUUUUUGGGACUAGUAACAAGCAAUCCCUGAGUAAACAUGGCGUCCUUUCUUUACACACUACAACAUUAGAAAGUACAUGGUCCUUGUGUAUUUCAAGUUGUAGAUAUUUUGGUGCUGUUUUAUCGGCUCUAGUAAUGAGCUUUGAGGCACACAGCAUCCUUACCACUACAGCAGAUUAUAAAUGAAGUGCCAUUUGGCUAUGCAUCUAUUUUUAUAUGUGCAUGUUUUAUGUGUUUUUAUUUAUAUGGUUUGUGAUUCUGCUGUAAAUGUUAUGUUUGGGAAAAAUGUAAAUGUAACUAUUAUAGCAUAAGAAGACUUUUUAUAUUAUUUAAAAUUGUGUCAUUUUGUUAUGCUCGGUUUUAGCAAUCACAACUAAAAAAAAAAAUCAAGAAGUGUGUUUCAAAAGGAGUAACCAGCUUGUCAUCUCUAUCCAUAACCACUGACUGAGAAUAAAACUGGUUUAGAAAAUAAA